AUGGAGAACUCACAAUGCGGAACAUGGGCCGAGCUUUUCAAAAUUCAUGCUCGUUCUCACAAGGUCCUUCAUCACAUCAUUCCUCCACCCAAAGGUAAGGAGAAGCCGGCUCCCAAAACUGACGAGGAAGUCGAAUUGUGGACGACCAUUGACGCCACCAUGCUUCAAUGGAUAUAUUGGACAAUUUCGAAUGAUCUGUUAAACACCAUCAUUGAACCAGAUGCUACUGCCAUGGAUGCUUGGGUUCGCUUGCGUGAUAUGUUCCAAGAUCAUCAAACCUCGCGUGCGGUGACUCUCGAACAAGAAUUCCCGACGACUCGAAUGGAGGAUUUUCCCAAUGCCUCCGCUUAUUGUCAACGUCUAAAGAGCCCUGCGGAUCAACUGAAGAAUGUCGGGGCUCCCGUGACAAAUAGACACCUUGUCCUUCAAUUGGUUUCGGGUCUCACUGAAGCGUACAAAGGGGCUGGGACACAAAUUCGCCAUGCUAAGCCUCCCCCCAUUCACAGAGGCUCGGUCUUCCCUUGUGUUGGAAGAACGUGA